AUGAAAUGCCCGCAACGAAGCACUGGUUCACCGGGUCGACAGAUUGUCUGUUACACGAGUACUCAGGACACGGCCAAAAUCGAAACGGCCAUAUGUCACUGUACUGUGCUCGUUCAGCAGAAUUACAACCCAGAAAAGCUGGAUCUUUCUGGUUUUAAAAGUCUGCAAAAUGCAGCGAAAGAGGCUAAUCCAGAUCUUAAAGUGGUAUUGUCUAUUAACGACAAACAUAAUCUGCUAAAAAGUCUGGACACGAGACGAGAAGCUAUGGAAAAUAUGAUCAAUAUUUUAAAAGAGGUUGACGGUGUCGAACUCAACGUAACUGGCAUCGACAAAGACCAACUCGUUUCUUUCGUUAAAAGAUUGAUGGACGACCUUAGGAGCAAACGCCUCAAAAAAAUUAUUCUACUGGCAUUGCCAACGAAACCCGAAGAAUUGGCCAAACAGUUUGAGCUCAAGGAACUCUCUAAGUACGUUGACCUUUUUACAGUUGCAACGCAUUACUUAAGAGAUACCGAUGAAUCAUACCGAACAUUUCACCCAUCUCGAUUGAUGGGUCUUUUUGAUAUGCUUAACACUGACAGCUUGGUCGAUCUCAUUAGUGGCAUGGGGGCACAGAAACAAAAAAUUGUCAUAUCAGCUCCAUUAAGUGCUUACAAAUUCACUUUGGCUAAAGUUGAGGACAAUACUCCUAGAUCUCCAACAAUUGAAGAACACCCUACUGUGAUUGAUCGCAAAAAAAUGUGUGAUACCUUGGGUAAAGAUAAUAAAAAUAAAUGGACCAUUGAGCGCGAUGAAGAUUUAACUGCGCCAUACGCAUUUGCGAAUACAACAUGGAUAUCAUUCGAGGAUGAUACAUCAAUAAAGAUUAAAGGAAAAUAUGUAGUUCUCCGAGAUUUAGCCGGAUUAGCAUUAAGAGAUGUAGAAAGCGAUAUUGAAAACGAUUGUGGAAGCUCGUUAAUCGAGACAACACGACGAGGAUUCACUGAAAUGAAAAGAAAGGCUCGCGAUGUAGUACUUUCGUCGUUGGAGAAUGAUUUGAAGGGCACUGAACUUUCCCUGCCAAGUAACAUGCAAUCUUCAGAUUUUCGAAUUGCACGGGUGGUCGAUAUUGAAGGAAAAGUUCGUGCUGUACGAGAGCAUACACAAACAUACUUUAACUGUCCAAGACAAGGAUAUUUUGUUCACCCGAGAAGUUGUAACAGAUUUUAUCGGUGUGUAAAAUUUAAUCAAGCCGAUGAUGAUUAUUUCAUAUUCGAAUUCGAUUGUCCGGCUGGAUUAGCUUUUAAUGAAGAUACAGAAACGUGUGCAUGGCCUGGAUCAAUAUCAACUCGAUCUGUGUGUCACGGAAGUAGUGAAAUCGAGCCGGCACAGGGCAAAUUCCAUUGUCCUGGCCAAGGUUACUUUGCUGAUCAUCAUAAUUGCCGAUUUUUCUACGCCUGUUAUGAUCUUGGAGGACCGCAAAUGGUACCUUACGAGUUCCGAUGCCCAUUUGGAUUAGUUUUCGAUGAGCAUCGACUUAUAUGCGAAUGGCCUUGGAAAGUGCCAAGUUGCUUUGGUCAUGGUCACGGUGGCGAUCAUAAAGUAUAUAAUUUUGGAAGUGAUAAUUAUAACAGUGGUUCAUUCAUACCCCAUGGUGGAAUUGUUGGAUUGGGAGGUUUUGCUGGCAAUGACAAUUUGAACACGUUUGAAACGUCAAAUUUCGGAGCUCAAGAUGUCAACAAUGAUGAUUCCGCAGAUUUUAAUAAUCAGCACGACUAUAACGUAGCGCCUUAUAGUACUGAUUAUCAAUUCGAUGAACCAAUUUACAAUCGACAAAAUUCAGACAGAUUUCCAAAUAAUGCAUAUGCUAGUCAAAGUAAUAACAAUGAAGGAUCAAAAUUAGCACAUCAAUAUAAUCUAAUGCAACAAUUACCUAAUUACAAGCCACAACCAUUUCAAGAUUAUCCUGAACUAGCAAGUUUCAACAAUGGUCAAAAAUUCAUAAAUCCAAAUGAUCAACAGGCGUCCUUUAAUCCAAAUGAUCGUCAACAAUUUAUUAAUCCUGAACCAGGAUCAAGUAAUUUCAAUAAUGGGCAUUUAUCCAAAACACCUAAACCAAUUUAUCUACCACCUCAUACUACACAUGCAAAUUUUAAUGCCCAAAUGCCAGAAUCAAAUUUUGAUGAACAAAAUUUAAAUGCUCCCCAACCGCAAGCAAACUACGCAAAUUUAAACAAUCAAAAUUCACAACCAAAUUAUGACGAUCUUUUUGCACAAAAACCACAGUCCCCCUAUGUUAAUUUAAAUGCCCAAAAACCUGAGAAUAAUUUCUAUAAUCAAAACUUGAAUGCUCAAAAUUCACAGUCUCCAUAUGAUAAUUUAAAUUCUCAAAAACCACAGUCCCCCUAUGAUAAUUUAAAUGCCCAAAAACCUGAGAAUAAUUUCUAUAAUCAAAACUUAAAUGCUCAAAAUCCACAGUCUUCAUAUGAUAAUUUAAAUUCUCAAAAACCACAGUCCCCCUAUGAUAAUAUAAAUGCCCAAAAACCUGAUAAUAACUUAAAUAAUCAAAAAUUCAAUGCCCAAAAACCACAGUUUCCCAAUGAUAAUUUAUAUAAUCAAAACAUUAAUGCUCCAAAACCACAGUUUUUUGAUGGUGAUUAUAAUUCACGAAUACCGCAGCUUCAUACUGAGAAUUUUUUUACUCAAACACCACAGUCUGGUUAUAAUUAUUAUAAUCCCCAAAUACCACAAUUUGAUUCCGCUGACUAUAACGCUCAGAAACCACAAACAAAUUAUGAAGAUUACAAUGCCCAAAAACCUGACGAUAAUUUUUAUAACCCAAACUUGAAUUCUCAAAAACCACAGUCUCCCUACGACUAUUUUGAUACCCAAAAACCUCAACCUGACUAUGAUGAUUUUAAUGCUCAAAAACCAGAAUUGGACAGUCAAUAUUACGAUAAUCCAAGUUCACAACCAGAUAACAAUAAAGAAAAACCAAAACCCAAUUACCAUUAUUUGAGUCCCCAAAAACCUCAAUCAAACUAUGAAGACUUUAAUGCUGAAAAACCUCAAGACAAAUUUAAUAAUCCAUAUCAAACCCCACAUUAUUCUCCAAUAAAAAAUGAAAAACCAAAUAAUUCUGGAUUGAAAAAACCUGAAAGUUUUAAAGGUCAAACCUCCCUUCCCGAACCUAAUAUUGGUUCCAAUUCAGACUUGUUAAAUAAUCAAGACACUGACGACUUUGAUCAGGAAUCCACUUCAAGGGAUUAUGAUGGUCGUGGUGUUACCGAUAAUUAUAACACUGGACCCUUUGCUGAAACUGAAUAUACACAAUCAGAAAUGACCGAAAACCCAGCAGAUUUUGCAGAUUCUAAAAAUGACUUAGGAGGACCUACGACAUCAGAUUACUCUCCUACUGCUUAUACAGGUCCAAAUAUUUAUAAUUCCACGUAUAAUGGUGAGGCUGGUUAUCCAGCAUCUACUUUAUUGCCAUUUAUUGACCAGCAAAAUACUUUGUCACCUGCUAAUAAUCAAGAAAUGACUGUGAAUUUUGGAACAACUUUCAAUAAACCAUCAACCAAAUCACCGAAUUACAACACAAAACCAUCGGAAAAUGAUGAAAAUGAAAACUCUCCACUUAUUGGAUCAACAAUAGCCUCAUCGAAUAACAAAAUUUCUCCCUAUCGGGGUCCAACUAAAAGACCGAAUGAAUCAUCUGAUUUUACUAAAUCACCAUUCAAUACAGAAACUUCUCAAUUUGAUAAUAACCGUGAAACAACAGGUUUAGAUAAUUUCUCUACCACUCUGUCUUCAGGAUACAAGACUAAUGAGUACCAUGAUAAUGGAGGACGUGGAACGAUUCGUUAUAAUAAUGGGGUUGUUGCAAACAAAAUUCCUGAAAAUGAUAUAGAUGAUUAUAGAACUUCACCUUACACCAAGUUACCAAACUCGUUCAUUAUAAAUGCGGGUAAUGGAGAGAAUGAACAAUCGAACAUAAUGAAAUUUGAAGAAGAAUACCCUGAAGGAACUUACACUAAUACUGGAUUCACAAAAACUGGACCUACUAAAACUGGCAUCACUACAGCUCAAGUUGGAGGAAGCGGGAGUUACGUAUUUGGUACUGGAUUCCCCCGGCCAAAACCAAAUCCUCAACUAAUUGGUGAACAUGCAUUUUCUGGUCAUACUACACCAAGCUCAAAUGACGUCAAAAAUAAGCCUAAUAAUAUUGAUACUAAUAAACAUAAAAAUCCCAUUUAUCAUCCAACUGUAAUAACUCCAAACCAUGAUAAUGAAGAUGAAACCAAAACUACAGGCUAUUCGUAUCCUAAGCCUAAUAAUAUUGAUACUAAUAAACAUAAAAAUCCCAUUUAUCAUCCAACUGUAAUAACUCCAAACCAUGAUGAUGAAGAUGAAACCAAAACUACAGGCUAUUCGUAUCCUAAGCCAUUAAUAGAACUUGAAGUGAAUGGAGUCUCAACGAUAUCUGGAGUAACACCAACUAAUUUUGAUGAUCAAACAACGCCAUCAUUUUUUUCUAAUACUCAACCAUUCAGGGAUCAGAAUUCUCUUUUAAUAAAAAAUGAUGCGGAAGAUAGCAAUAAAGCCACCCUCUCCCCUGCUGGAUUUACAGCUAGUCAAGAAAAUAACUUCUAUACAAAUGAGCAUGAUGAUAAGUCUCAAUCAAAAACGACUGUACAACCAAACGAUUAUACAACCCAACCUAGAACUGUUUUGGACUUUGGAGUGUCUUUCGAUCAAGAGGGUGACUAUGGCCCAACUGAAUCCGAUUCAACUGAAAUAACUCCUGGUUUGAAAUCAGGAAACAUACCGAAAGAAAAUGCUAAAAUUGUGUAUAGAAAUUAUCAGAAAUUUGACGUAAAUAAACUUCAGGUAAAUCAAAAUAGUGGAAUAAUCAGAUCAAAUCAGAGAAGUCACGAGCAACUUAACGAUUUCAAUAAACGGCGAGGAAUUCAAAGUAAUUCGCAAGACAAUACUUUUGGAGUCCAUGUGGAUUUUACACAACAGGUUUCCUCGUAUCCAGCUGCAAAUAGAUAUCCCAUUAUCUCUGCUGAAUUAACAGGAACUCGCCCUCAAGAUUUCAGCCAAAGUUUAUCUGAAACGCGCAUAAAUAGAAUUCAAGAAAACAAACCAUCGCUACAUUUGUCAUCGAAAGAAUCGAAAAAGGGAUUUACGAAUAAUCAAGAAUCUACCAAAUCAACUGAUUUGCGGCCGAAUCAAGGUUCAUCGUUCAUUUCAAAUGAAGGCUUGACUACUAAAUCUUCGAUAGAUAAAUACUCGAAUAAGCAAACAUCAACAUUUAUUCUGCGCAAUCAAGCACAAGCCAGGCCACUCAUUGGGUCAGAUGUUGUAACAUCUAUCGGAGGCUCUGUAUUCAAUAGUGAAAUACUUGGGCCAAAUUCAGCGAAACGGAAUAAUUUUCGUAUUAUCUCAGAAUUCAAUAACGCACAAAGUGCAACUACCGCGUCCCCAAGUAUAAGAAAUUUAAAUAAAGAAAACAACCAAAAAAAGGUAAUUGUAAAACUGAGCGACUUGCAUCCUCUAAUCAUCGAAAAAUUAGGGGCUGAAUGUAGCUGCAAAGCUGACCCCCUUUCAUCAUUUAUUGGGUCAAAUAAACCGAAUUUACCUAUUGAUUCUCAAAAUCGAGGACAAGUCAAUUUGGCCAAUUAUGACGAGAGCAAUAUUUAUGUCGAUCUUGACGAUAACAAAGAAAACAAUUCCUUAAAAACAACAACAGCUAAACAAAAUGAUAGAAGAGUUAUGGCAAAAUCUCAAAACGAAUACGUUAGUUCAACACCAGUCAGAGUACAAUCUAAUAAUCAACCGUUAACGACAACUUCACAGCCUCAAGGUCGAAUAGGAAAUCUUGAUAAAAUAAGCUUCCGAGCUCAAAAUAGGCCAUCAGUUAGAGUAGAGACUGAUGGGUUCGCGGCCUCCUUAAAAUCUCGAAAUCGAUCCGGUAAGACUCUUUUCAUUGGUUCCGCUACGAACAAUUUCAGAAAUAAUUAUUACGAACAACGUGGAUCUUCCUCCAGUCUAAGUAAUAACGAGAUUCAAAAAGACAUUUUACAAUGCGUCAGACCAGGUCUUUUCAGACAUCCACACUCAUGCAACAAAUUCUAUGCCUGUCAUUGGGACGAAUGGAAGAAGCGUUUCACGCUUCACACCUUUAACUGUCCCGUACAUUUGGCAUUCGAUACAAGUGCUGGUGCUUGCAAUUACCCAAGCAAGGGUCCAGCAUGCCAAGAUGAUAAGCUUCUUGUUUGA